AAAAGGCGUCCAAUCACAUCCGCCCAAGCCCCGAGCCUCAGCCACUGCGAUAUAGUACAACUACUAUAACGGCCCAGUCAAGUCUAUAUAUCUCCCCACUACUAUAAGUAUCCGACCAGACAUCGUAGACAAGUCACUUCAACCAUAACUCUAUCUCAUUACCCUCUACUAUCGGAGAUAAAAAUGGCCCAACCAGUCCAAAUCCUAUCCUACCAACGCCACAAAUCCCAAAACCCCUUCACCAUCUCCCUCCAACAUACAAACGGCACCGCAACCCCCAUCUACGAGGCCUUAACCUCCUCCUCCCCAAACCUCACUAUCUUCCGCCUCCAGCCCGGAUACCAGCAACCACCCCAGUACGGAUAUGCCCCAUCGCCUGCACCAGCACCAUACUACCAUCAACAACCCUACCAAAACUAUGGACAACCACCCUACGGCUAUCCCCCCCAACAGCAACAACCUUACGGCUACCCACCACCUCCUCCACCCCAGCAGUACUCCGGCAUCCCACCCGCACCGUCCAAAACUACAACCGGAACCGUCACCAUCUCCUCCAUGUCCUCAAAAAUCACCCUCUCAAUCCACAACACCCCGGAACUCAAAAUGAAGCGCCCAGACUUCCUCGCCUCCGGCCACCGCUUCUCCCACCCCCGCUAUGGCACCCUGGAGUGGAAGGAAAGCGACUUCCUUGAGAAGCGGUUCAAGCUGAUCGACUCGAACAAAACUGUGCUGGCCCGCUUUGACAAGUGGAAGUUGCCCGAGCAGCAGCGGGUUGGGUCUAAGAAGAAGAAGGCAUGGGCCUUCUCGAUUUUUGUGAAUGCGGAUCCGGAAUUCUUGGAUUGGAUUGUGGUGAGUGGGUUGGGGGUGGUGGAGUAUCGAAUAUCGUCGGAUAAGGCGUGGGAGGAGGAGCUGUUUGGGGAGGAUUCGGAUCUUUGGGAUGCGCUUGGGUAAAGGGGAUUUGUUUUAAUUGUGAUGCCUAGAUAUGUUCGUAGAGUGGGAUCUCUGGGAAGUGUAGGUGGGCUGCAUAUGCACAUAUGUUCAUUUUUAAAGAGUAUGGGUUGUAGAUUUGAGCGAGUCAGGGACUAUAAACUUGAGAUCCACUUUAGAAUAACGAGUCAGUAAGUGAUCGGAUACAGUAGGUACAGGGAGCAGUGAAACUCUUAUAGGGCUUUUUCUCGUAUAAGCAAUUAAAUAGUGCAAAGAGAAACCCUCGUUCAGUACUAGGCAAGCGAAGUGUUAGGGAGGUGUGAUGUAAAGUAGCAA